AUGGCUCAACCACCUCCUCAGCUUCCUCCCGGUUGGGUCGCCCAGUGGGAUCCGAAUGCCGCUCGUCAAGUCUUUGUAGAGACGGCGACAGGUCGCACCAGCUGGCAGCCACCCACUGCUGGUCCGGCUGGUGUUGCUCCUCCUCAGCAACACCAACAGCGUCCUACCCAUCCUCAGGGCCAGGCGCGCAUGUCGAUGCCUCAGAUCCAGCCACCACCUGGCAUGCGAGGUCCUUCGUUGAGUCCCAUCUCUCAACACGGCCCCGGUGCCCCCGUCAGCCCUCCCUCCGCUGGCUCUCCUGCCCCUGCCUCUAUCGGCCCAGGUGCCAGCCGAAGACGUGCAUACCCCACCGCGCAUCUCGCCGCUAACAGCAUCAGUUACGCUGGCGGUUACGACGCUAGCACUGCAACCGGUGCAGGCGUCGCCUACCCUGGCGCACAAGAUGCUCAACCUCAGCUCUUUACUCCUGGCGCUCCCGAUCUCACUCCUUCCCCCUAUGGUGCUGCUGCUCAGCCUGCUCUAGGUGCUCCUGGUCUCGCUCCAGCCCCUGGUGCGCAUGGUGCGCCUGGCGUUGGUCCGGCUCCAGGAUACGCCGCCGGCGGUGUCCAGGGCAUCACCAACCAGUUCCAAGCCAUGGGCGUGGGUGGCGGCGUGGCGGGCGGCAUGGGUCAGAAGUUCAGCACUCUCCAAACCGUCAACAUCAGCGGUGUCCAGCCCAACGUCAACGACCUUGAACGCCCUCCGCCCGAGAUCCGUCUGCCGCCCAAUGCGUGCGUCUCCACGAAUCCCAAAGCCAACGCCGACCCAUCCUACCAGCGAUGUACUCUCAACGCUGUUCCAACCACCUCGUCACUCCUCCAAAAGUCCAAGAUCCCUCUGGGUCUCAUCCUCUCGCCUUACCGCUCCGUUCGCGAGGCUGACGGCGACGAACCCGUGCCGGUUGUCACCGACACAGUGAUUGCACGAUGCCGCAGGUGCCGAACGUACAUCAACCCUUACGUCACCUUUAUCGAGAACGGCAAUCGAUGGAAGUGCUGCAUGUGCAACAUCAGCAACGAGGUGCCGCAGCUCUUUGACUGGAACUCCGAGACCAACCAGCCCGCCGACCGAUGGCAGCGUCCCGAGCUCAACCACAGCGUCGUCGAGUUUAUCGCUCCGCGAGAGUACAUGGUUCGUCCACCUCAGCCUCCUGUCUACACGUUCCUGAUCGACGUCAGCUACCAGGCCGUCAACAGCGGUAUGGUGGCUACAGCGGCUCGCACCAUUCUUGAGACUCUGGACCGUUUGCCCAACUCAGACAAUCGCGCCAAGAUCUGCAUUAUCGGUGUCGACACCAGCCUCCACUUUUUCAGCAUCACUCCCGAGGGCACCGAACCCGAUAUGCUCGUGGUCAGCGAUCUGGACGAUGUCUUUCUGCCCAAGCCCAACGAUUUGCUCGUCAACCUCACCGAAUGUCGCGCCGGUGUCGAGGCGCUGCUGCAGAGGCUUGGCGAUAUGUACAAGGACUCGCUUGUCACUGGAUCGGCGCUCGGUGCCGCGUUGCAAGCUGCCUACAAGCUCAUCUCACCGAUCGGUGGUAAGAUCAUGGUGCUCACCGCGUCGCUCCCCAGUGUUGGUCCUGGUGCGCUCAAGAACCGAGAGGAUCCCAAGCUGCUCGGCACCGCCAAGGAGAGCACGUUGCUCGGUGCGGCUUCGUCGUUCUACAAGACAUUCCCCAUCGACUGCUCGCGAUCGCAAGUGUCGGUCGACAUGUUCCUGUUUGCGCCGUCGUACACCGACGUGGCUACGCUCUCGUGCCUGCCACGUUAUACGGGUGGUCAAACGUUUUUCUACCCGGCUUUCCAUGCCGGUCGCGCCGAGGAUGCGGUCAAGUUUUCGCACGAAUUUUCCGAAGUGCUCGCCAGCCCGAUCAGUUACGAGGCUGUGCUGCGUCUGCGAGCCACCAAGGGCAUUCGUGCGACGGCGUUCCACGGCAACUUUUUCGUGCGAUCGACCGACUUGCUGGCUCUGCCUUCGGUGCCGCUCGAUCAGAACUACGCGAUCGAGUGCGAGAUCGAAGAGACGAUCAACGCGCCGUUUGUUGUGUUCCAAUCGGUGGUGCUGCAUAGCACGAGCUCGGGCGAGCGUCGCAUCCGUGUGAUCAACCUUGCACUGCCCACCACAAGCUCCAUGUCCGAGGUAUACGCCAAUGCGGACCAGAUUGCGAUCGCGACGUUGUUGGCGGACAAGGCGGUAGAGCGCUCGAUCCACUCGCGUCUCGAGGACGCGCGCGAUGCGCUGUUCAACAAGCUUGUCGAUGUGUUUUCGACGUACAAGUCGACCAUGACUUCGGCAGGGUCUGGGGCUAGCCCGCAGUUGGCGAUUGCGCAGAAUCUGGCGCAGCUGCCGCUGCUGGUGCUUGCUCUGCUCAAGCAUGUGGGUAUCCGACAGUCAUCGUCGAUCCCUUCGGAUCUGCGCGCCUAUGCUCAAGCGCUGCUGACGACGCUGCCGGCGCAGCAGUUGAUCCCGUACCUGCACGCGAGCUUCUACUGUCUGCACAACAUGGCGCCCGAAGCGGGCACCACGGUGGCUGAAAAGGGAUUCGUCAUGCCGGCCAAACUCAACCUCACGUCGGAGCGCUUCGAACGUCAUGGGCUGUACCUUAUCGAAGACGGGCAAAACAUCUUCCUUUGGGUUGGACGCGAGGCGGUCCCACAGCUCUGCUUGGACGUGUUCGACGUGGCCAACUACGGAACGCUACGUGGAGGCAAGACGACGCUGCCCAAGUUGGACAACAGCAUGAACCAGCGCGUCAACGCGAUCGUCCAGAGAAUCCGCGACAGCCGACGUGGGCCGUACCGUCCACACCUGUACAUUGUCAAGGAGGACGGCGAACCGAGUCUCAGGCUGUGGGCGCUCAGUCUGUUGAUCGAAGACAGGUUCGAGCAGAGCCCGAGCUACAUGCAGUUCAUCGGCCAGUUGAGGGAUAAGGUGAAUGGCGGCUCGUGA